AUGGUGCCUAAGUAUAGUCAACAUUACCGGGCAGACUGGGAGAAAAUGGCAGACUUUAAAGAGUGGUUGCAGCCCGUUGAAAACGAUACUUCGAAAGCGUACUUUGAGAUUGAAGACGGAACUGCAGUCAGCAUAGUGAACGGCAUUAAAGGAUUGUUGGCAGAAAUAAAAAUAAAUUUAAAGAAAUUGAUCGGUAUCGGCACGGAUAACGCUUCGGUCAUGACAGGAACUAACAGUGGAGUGCACGCAUUGUUGAAAAAUGCAACUGGUAAUGACAAUUUAGUGUUAGUCCGCUGCGUGUGUCAUUCGUUACAGUUGGCUAUGUCUCAUGCUUCAGCAGAAACCCUACCAAGAAAUGUUGAAUUUCUUAUAAGAGAAACCUAUAACUGGUUUAGCCAUUCAUCAAACCGAAGACUCUUUUACAAAAACAUGUUUCAAACGAUCAACGGUGGCUCCGUUCCAUUGACAAUUCCACAGAUGUGCAAUACCCGAUGGAUAUCAAUUGAACCAGCGGUCUGCCGUAUUCUUGAUCAAUGGAUAGAAUUAAAAACCCUGUUUGAAAUUGCCAGGCGAGAUGAACACUGCUAUACGGCAGAAAUACUAUAUAACAUGUAUAAUGAUCCACAGAAUCAUUUGUACUUAUUAUACAUAAGACCUAUCUUACAGGAAGUUCAAGUGGUAAACAAGUUGUUUGAAAGUAACGAUGUUGACCCAACAAGAUUGUACAAUGAUUUGAUUGGCUUAGUGGAAUCGAUAGGUCGGCGUAUUCUGAACCCAACGGCAAGGGUAGAUAUUUUAACAGAAGACAUAGAAAGCUAUUUAGAUCCGAAACCAUACAUGGGAUAUGCUUUUGAGACCAAAUUACUUGAAUACAAUCUUCAGCCUAAUGCAACAAACUAUUUACGCCAACGUUGUAAUAAUUUCACACUGAAACUUGUGACAGAACUACGUUCGAGAUUACCGGUUAAUUUUAAAAUACUGAGAAAUAUAGUUCACAUUAAAUGGGAAUCCUUGACUUCCACAGUAAAGUUCUGGAAUGAAGUCAUGCAAUAUAAAGAUGCAGCUGAUAAUAACCCCUUUGCAGAGUUAUGUGAGUUUGCAAUGUCUCUUAUAUCAUUGCCACAUUCAAAUGCGGACGUUGAACGUGUAUUCAGCCAAAUGAGUCUGGUAAAAACAAAACUCCGAAACCGUUUGGCGGUGAGAACCCUGAAUGCCAUUUUGUACGUUAGGUUCGGCCUAAAAAGAGCAGGAAAGUGCUGUUACUCUUACACUGUUCCAGACAAUGUACUACGCAGUAUCGGAACCAAAGAGUAUUACGACUCCGGCUCUCAGCCUUCCACAUCAGCUGAUGUUGAUGAAGAUGAAGACCUUAAUAUUCUAUUCCCUUGA